UUGUCUCUGGGAAGUCUGUGCCGACUCUGCUCCAAACCAGCAGCCGUCGGCAUCCGGCACAGACACAUGAAGCUGCCCCCCGAGCACUGGAGCGAGGGGCUGCACAAGAGAGACAUGCAGCCCAAUGAGACCGCCGGAGAGACUGCUGCCAACACAUCCCCAGCACAGGAGUCGCCAUCAGCUCAGGAGAUCCCAGGUCCAGAAAAUGCCAAUAAUGUCACACAGCCGCCGUCACAUGACCAAUCUGUGGCCCCGACCCUGCCGUCUGAGCCCCCCCGGGAGACCUGGGGCGGAAAGUAUGAGUUCCUGCUCUCCUGCAUUGGCUACUGCGUGGGUCUGGGCAAUGUCUGGAGGUUUCCAUAUCUGUGUUACAGGAAUGGAGGAGGAGCCUUCCUCAUCCCGUACUCCAUCAUGCUCUUCAUCGCCGGCCUCCCCCUCUUCCUCAUGGAGCUGAGCUUGGGUCAGUACGGAGCGGCCGGGCCCAUCACCGUGUGGAAGUGCUGCCCCAUCCUGAAGGGUAUCGGCAUCGGGAUGCUAAUGGUUUCCGCUCUGGUCUCCUUAUAUUAUAAUGUUAUAAUCGCCUGGACUUUCUUUUACCUGGGCCAUUCCUUCCAGAGCCCCCUGCCCUGGUCCUGCGAAGCCCCGGAGUAUGCGGCGCUGUGCCAGAACGGCUCCAGCAACGGCUCCAGAUUCAGCGCCAGCGAGGCCUUCUGGAAUGAGAAGGUGCUGGGUGUUGUGCACAGUUCAGGCCUCAGUGACCCGGGCCCCGUGCGCUGGCAGCUCGCCCUGUGCCUGCUCGCCGCCUGGUUCAUCAUCUUCCUCUGUAUGAUAAAGGGAAUCCGCAGCUCUGGGAAGAUUGUGUACUUCACGGCCACGUUCCCGUAUGUCGUCCUGAUUGUGCUCAUCAUCCGGGGAGCAACGCUGGAGGGCUCGAUAGACGGCGUCCGAUUCUACCUGUCAGCGGACUGGAAGAGACUGCAGAGCGCCCAGGUGUGGAAUGACGCGGCCUCUCAGAUCUUCUACUCCCUGGGCAUCGGUUUCGGGGGGCUGCUCUCCAUGGCCUCCUACAACAAGUUUGAUAACAACGUGAUCCGGGACACUCUGGUCAUCGCCAUCGGUAACUGCAGCACAAGCUUUUUUGCUGGAUUCGCGAUUUUCUCGGUGCUGGGUCACAUGGCCUGGAAGAAGAAGGUCCCGGUGGGGGAGGUGGCAGAAUCAGGUCCAGGAUUGGCCUUUGUCGCCUACCCAGAGGCCCUGGCUCUGCUGCCCGGCUCCGUCUUCUGGUCCAUCCUGUUCUUCCUGAUGCUCUUUACUCUGGGAGUGGACACUCUGUUCGGGAACAUGGAGGGGAUCACCACCGCCGUUCUGGACGAGUUUCCGUCUCUGCGGCCCUGGAAGCGUAAGGUGGUCUUCCUGGCCGGACUCUGCUUCUUCUUCUUCCUGAUGGGACUGCUGCUGGUUACUGAGGGCGGCAUUUACUGGUUCACCCUGAUAGACUCUUACAGCACCAGCUUCGGACUCAUCAUCAUCACCCUCUUCAUGUGUCUCGGGAUGGCCUUCUUCUACGGUGUUAACCAGUUCUGUCAGGACAUUAUAGACAUGAUCUGCAGAUGUCCCCCAUGGUGCACCAAGCUUCUUCUGUUCUUCAAGGCAUGCUGGGUCUUCUGCACCCCCCUCCUGCUGCUGUUUAUUCUGUUCUACAUCUUCAUGGAAAUGUACAACACCCCACUGCGCUACGGCCGCUAUGAGUACCCCCGCUGGGGCAAGGCGCUGGGGGUGUGUAUGGGGACCUUGUGCUGCAUCCAGAUUCCCAUCUGGGCCGGAGUCGCAAUCUUCCAACAGUCCGGGACGCUGCUUGACAGAUUUAAGAAUUCUCUCCGCCCGUUGAACUCUUGGCGCACGGCCAGCGAGCAGCGGGAUCAGUCCAGUGAAGUCGUCGAUGUUCCUUACACCGUGAACCUGACCACCCAAGACUUCAGUGACCUUGUCUGGCAGAAUGGGGGCAGCAGUGAGGCCUGAGGCUCAUCAUGGCAGGGACCCCAUAAAUACCUCACUUUUCAGUCACCUGCCUGAUAUCAAUGAUGGCGCCACGUGCCAGGAGGUGUUACAGGGGCUUCCUGCAGUACCACCUGCUGUCUGGUCCCAUUAGCUCUGGAUGAAGGUCAUUGUGGAGCCCUGUUAGAUGAACUCCACUGAUGAAGGGUCUGGUGUCCACACAACCAGCAUCUCCUCCAGUGAUGGACACAUCCGGACCUCACAAAUCCUUGUUGUACAAGGGACUUACCUCUAUAUAAGAAAUAGACGCUGGUUACAAGGUAACGACAACCUCAGGCGGCUCCGCUGGAGACCAUGGACAACGGCGGCGUUCAACAAUCAUCCUGGAGAUACAGUCUGGGUCCUAAACAGAUUGGGUUCACAUCCGAUCCACCAAAUGCAGAUGGAAUGUGGCCCUUUCAUUAAAAAUAAAAUGCAGGCAGCCCCCCCGUGUACAGGCCGCAUCUGUAUGUCCAUUCCGCAGCCCCACAAAAGAAUAGGAAACUGAUGCAACGCGGACGUUACAUGUAUGUUGUGCUGACUGUAAAAUACAUCUGGGAAUGGACCGAGAGUCGGCUGUAAGAGGCUCGCAGCCAGGGCGCCAUCACUUCUGCAACACCAUGACCCAGGCGAACGUGUCCGCUCUACAGGCUCUCGUCCGGACCGGGGUUGGGCCCAGUUUCCUCCCACCACCGGACAGGGAUAAAGUCCGCACAAGAGGAAACGCUGUUCCGUGUUUGGCCCUGAGCAGACGUGGCUCCUGUAUGGAUGUAUUACACAGCGGGAUUAAACCCUUUGUAAGACGUGAUGGUGGCGGCUGAAGCUCCUUCCUCUGUAGAGAUCGGCAUCUUCCAGGGUUCCUGGAGGCACCGGGGGGCGAGCAGUGGUGCUCUGCAGGCUUUCUGGUCACCCCCCUGACAUUGAAGACGCAGUGUUAGACCCUCAGAUGGUACUGCUUCUCCUGCAGAGUCCAUCACCCUACACUGUGGGGCCACGGACCACCAUGGUGGUGUAAUCUCCAUACUAGCAGCUGGUCAUCAGUCAUGAACAUUGAGGAGUGUCUAUAGGACCGGCGGGGGGAGGGGGUCUACACGACACUGAGUAUACCAUCUGCAUGACGGGAUGGCUCUCAGGUCUACACGAGUUUCCUUCUAGCUGUAGGUGCAGCAGACUGACACUGUGCUAGAGGCACUCGUCCAUCCAUGACCUGCUGCUCCUCAUGUACAGAAUAAUCCCUAAACUACAGGGUCAGUGGGGCCAGCACAGUACAGGGGUGCACGUAACACCCAUGGCGGUCCCCCUGCGACCAGAUGUGCUAUAAUAAGCAACUUCAUCAUUACAUAUGAUUUCUGAUCUACAACUUUUCAAGAUCUCUGCUUGCUGGCUCUGCUGUCAAACAUGUACUAUUAGAAACUGAAAACCAACCCUGACAUCAUACUUCUAACAGCUGAGGGUUAGUGACCGUGUAACAGUACAGGGGAGAGAGCUGCUGCUGGGUUUAGCUCGCAGAGGACUGUCUGAUGCAUUGUAACGAACCGUCAGCUCUACGGUAGCGUCGACCACCAGGAUUAAUAAAUUGAAUUUUUUU